AUUUCCACCUCAAAUGCCAGCCGACCCAGGUACAGAAAAUAGGAGUCUUCAGUCAGUCCCUCUCUGCACAUAAGACUAACUAGCAGCAAAUUUUGUUUUAAUGUUGUUUUAAUUCGUGUAUUUUAAAGUUUUGUAACAAUGACGCUAAAACUCCGUCGGUGAAAACUUUUCAGUUAAGAAUAAAAAGGACUUUUAUUAAAGCCCUAUUAAAAAUAUGGUUCCUGUGUAUGUUUCGAUAACCCCGCCCUCCGCUCACUGUGAUUGGCUGAAGUAGCUGUCAGGCGGUUUAUAAAGUCAAGCCUAAGCGGUGAGAAGAUAAGUAGAGAGUCUGGGAUGUGUGGUGUUGCAACGUGUGUAUCACGUUUCCUUUUGGCAUGGAUCUGUUCUUGCUGACAUUAAUAACGCCUCGCUUUGAACAGUCUCUCAGCAGGGACGAAACUGGUUAAAACAGGAGGGAAACUAGCUUUGUUUUCUUCGUCUGCUCGCCAUGUGGGGCUACAGUGCUGUUUCAUGACCGUCACAUCUGCAAGGUUCAGCACUUCACUACAGCCAGACUUUAAGCCACCUUCCAUCCACAUCUGAAGGCUUCAGACCUCCAACAAGAUGGAUGUCCUUUCAAACACUGUCUCCAUGUCCAAGCACAUACAUGGAGAAGGCCACUCAUCUGUCUCUCCUCCUGCCAUGUCUAUCGAUAAACUCUUCCCUGCUCUCCUUGAGUGUUUUGGGAUCAUACUGUGUGGCUACAUCGCUGGUCGGGCCAAUAUCAUCACCUCUACCCAAGCCAAAGGUCUGGGGAACUUUGUGUCAAAAUUUGCCCUACCAGCACUGUUGUUUAAGAACAUGGUGUUGCUGGACUUUGGCGAUGUCAUCUGGCCAUUUCUGUGGAGCAUCUUGGUGGCCAAACUGAGUGUGUUCUUUGUUGUGUGUGUAUUGACCUUACUGGUAGCCAGCAAGGACAGCCGAUACUCCAAAGCUGGACUUUUCUCCAUAUUUGCCACCCAAAGUAAUGACUUUGCCCUGGGCUACCCUAUAGUUGAAGCUCUAUACAGAAACACCCAUCCAGAGUACCUUCAGUACAUCUACCUGGUGGCACCAAUCUCUCUCAUGGUGCUCAAUCCUAUUGGGUUUGCAUUCUGCGAGGUCCAGAAACGGAGACGUGAGCAACAGCAGCAGAAGAGUAAACUGCAUGUGGUCGGGGUGGUCUUUAUUCACGUUGUCAAGAAUCCCAUUGUCUUUAUGGUGGUAAUCGGGAUUGCUGCACACUUUGUCCUGGGCCCAAAGAUCCCUGAAUUCAUGCAGGAGUUUGUGGAUGGUUUGGCCAAUGCUUUUGGAGGAGCAGCUCUGUUUUAUCUGGGUCUGACCAUGGUGGGGCAGCUGAAGAAAUUAACUAGGUCCACUGUGGUGGCUCUCAUACUGCUCAUCACUGCCAAAUUACUGGUGAUGCCACUCAUUUGUAGAGCUAUGGUGGAGGUUUUGGACAGAGGGAAUAUUAGCUCUCAAAACCAGAGCAGUCUCUCCAAUUAUGCUUUCCUGUAUGGCGUUUUCCCCACUGCACCCAGUGUGGCCAUUUAUGCCAGUCACUACAACAUGGAGCUGCAGGUGAUGACAUCAGGGAUGGUGAUCAGCACAUUCCUCUCUGCCCCUAUAAUGUACGUCUCUGCAUGGCUGCUGACUAUUCCCUGGAUGGAUUCCAAACUACUAGAAUCAGCACUACAGAACAUUAGCUUUAACAUCAGCAUUGUCAGCCUCGUUGCUCUAGUGUGGUGUGUUGCUGUGAGUAUAAUGAGUAAGAAGUUCUGCAGACGUCCACAAAUGUUUACCAUCAAUCUGUUCAUGGCACAGCUGAUGGCAUGUAUAGGUAUGAUCGCUUGGAAGUUUGUGGUGGUUAAGGAUAACUUUGUUGGUCAGGUUUUGACCUUUACUCUAUUCUAUGGCUCACUCUACAGCACUUACAUUUGGCCAGGUCUAAUAGCUCUCUCUCUGUUCUUGCUGAGGAGGGAUGAGGAACUGAAAGUGCAGCCUGGAGUUUUAAUGCUGAUUGGUUGGGGAGUGCCAGGUGUAGCAAUAAGUAUCUUGCUCAUGGUGGGAGAGAAGAUGCCAGACACCAUUGACUCUGCCUUCUUUUUCGGUCCACCACAGGUUGUGUGUACAGUGGUCGUGUUGGGUGUAGGUAUAGCUGUAGCUGGAAUCUCCCUCUUGCUGCUCAGCAGAGGCACACAGGAAUAUCAAACCCUUGAGCAUGGCUCUCUGAAUGCCACUGCAGAGGACCCCAAGACUGAGAACAGUACACAAACCCAAAGCACUAUUGAACAGCCCAACAUAGAGGAUGGUAUUAGGAGAGGGUGUCAGGAAUGUGUGUGUAACUGUACUUCAAUUCAGACUGUACCUAAUAUUUGCAACAGCAGUGUGAAGGACGCACCAUCUAUACAGCCAGGUCAGUGUGGAAACUGCUGUGACUCCUCUCAUUGUUUGCUGGUAGAAGAGGAACAGAAACAGCGGAGUGCAGACAGACAGAUGGCUAGACAUGUACUUCUCUGUCUUCUACUCACCGUCAGCCUUCUAGCUAAUUUCUCCAGCUACCUCUGGUGGCUCUUCAGUCCAGUUCCAGGCAGACUCUACUUAGAGCUGCAAUUCUUCUGUGCUGUGAUCAACUUUGGACAGGGCUUUAUAUCUUUUGGCAUUUUUGGCCUUGACAAACAUUUAAUCAUUAUACCAUUUAAAAAGAGGUUAGCACGUCUGAUGCAGACUCAGAAACAGGAGGCAGCAGGAUCCUCUGUGUCUGAGGAGAUCAGACUGGCCUGCAAUCAGUUUCUCAAGUACCAUAAAGAAAAAUGUGUCCAGGACAUUGUUCAGGAAAAGAGGUGUGGGGAGCACAGUGUAGCACAUACGUUUCUUGGCAGUGAAAUGGUGCUGUGGCUGCAGACUGUUGGAUUGGCCAAUGACCAGGGGGAGGCACUGCUCUAUGGCUCCCGUCUGCUGGAUGGCGGAGUCAUCCAUCACAUCACUCAUGACUAUGAUUUCCAAGAUGACGACUUGCAUUACUGUUUCACAGAGGGCUGUGUGGUCCCUAAUGCCUGAUAAUAUUGUACCAACAAAAGACAUAACACCUGACUUAACCAUUAGUGUGAUUUAUGGCUUGUUAUGAGUUACACUUACCAUAAACUGACUUGUUUACAGGAAGAAAAGGUAUGCAAUUAACCAUGUGAUGCUUUGAGGAGUACACUAUAUGUAUAUAAUAAUAAUAAUAAUAAUAAUAAUAAUAAUAAUAAUAAUAAUAUUUAUUUGUACAAGGGUACAAUGCACUGAAUAUUUCAAAUACAAUGCAAGACCAUCAGAGCUUUAAGAAAGCCACUAGACAUGUGUAUAUACAUAUUGGUAUAUGAUUUUAAACAUUAUCAGUUGCACUGAAAAUAGAUGUCUUCCUUUAGGGUAUGUUUUUCAGCUAAUCUGUCCCUAUUACAGAUCUUCUAACAGAUUAACAUUCUAUAUGAACAUUUCCCUUGGCGCAGAUUAUUAAAUUUUUCUUUUGGACUAUUCAAGCACAUUUUGUGGUAUACACUUGCUGUCCACUUUAAUAGGAACACCCAAACAUCUGCACAUUCAUGCAGUUAUCUAAUCAGUCAAUCAUGUGGCAGCAAUGAGCCUGUGCCCAUGAUAGCUUCAGAUUCCUGUUCUUAGCUGACAGGAGUGGAACUUGAUGUGGUCUUCAACUGUUGUAGCUCAUCCACCUCAAGGUUCAAUGUUUUGUGCAUGCUGAGAUGUUGUUCUGCUCAAAACGGUUGUAGAGUGCUUGUUUGAGUUACUAUAGACUUCCUGUCACCUCAAACCAGUCUGGUCAUUCUCCUCUGAUCUCUCAUCAACAAGGCGUUUCAGGCAUGAAUGUACAAGUGUUCCUAAUAAAAUGGAUGGUGAGUGUAUUUGUAUACUUGCGAAGUAUUUCUGAGGUCUUCUGUUCAUUUGUGUGCAUCAUUUAAAACAACCCUCUUAAAUGAUCGACCCUUAACAGUACUUGCAGGGAUUCUGCCCACAUGUCAGUUGUCUAAUGUUAGCACUAUGUAACACCAGCAACACUGUCUGUAAAAACAAAAGAAAGAAACCAAAACAUGCUUAUAGGUUAAUAACAUUUUGGUACUUUAUUUAUUGGAGGUGCAGUUGUUUAUGUUUACAUUGCAUAUCCCUAAAAUUUAAUUUGAUUUUCAUAUAAACCUUUUUUUCCCCCCCCAAAGUGCACUUUUUUGUAUAAAUUACAUAUGCAAUUUAUAAGGGGGGGGGGAGUGUAACCGCCACUUCAACCUUGUCUUUGAUCUAUAAAGCAAAUUAGUCUUGCUGAAAUCUGUGCUUGAUAAAUUAAUGAUCAGAAAUCUUUGUAAUGCCUUUUUUAAAAUUACUCAUACAGCAAUUGUUUGUUGUUGAUCGUCUGUUCUUGUUGAUCGGGGGAAAAAGAUCACAGGUUUUUAUACCUGUAUUUAACUAUUGUCAUCAUGCUAUAUUUGUAUAACCAGAGUAAUUUCACACAUGAAGGAAUGGCUGUAUAUUGAAUUAUGUGCAAUUUAUGCGCAUUUAAAUUACAUGCAAUUAAGUACAUUUCGACUUUUUGUUUCUGUUCAUAAAUUAAUUGUUUUAAUUAUAUAAGAUCUAAAAGUCUCUCCAGGCUGUUUCAGGCUUUGCUGUAAACCUUCAGCUCUUCCUCAACUGUAUUUGAGAAGAGAUGAACCAGCAGAGUCGAGUCCUCCACACCUGUAGUUAAGUACGUCUCCAUUUCUGCCAUUUUUUGCUUCUCCACCUCUUGCAUUUUCUGCACGAUCCUCUGACCUUUCUCCUAUUUAAACAAGGAAGAGAUAAGACUUUGGAUUGCAAGUAACUGGAAAUCUGAAAGUAACGGAGAAGGCAGGGCUUUAUUAAUGUAGGCAAACAGGCUGUUCCUUGCUUUUGUUCUAUUUUAAUGUACAUUUAAAGGACAUUUAUUACCUUCAAUUCAACAAAACCAUUAAGCAACAUUGAUUAAAUGUGGGAAUAUUAUACUCAAA